CCGGUUGAAUUAUGAUAUACUAUUUGGAGUGUUGUAUUUUCGAUUAAUUGUAGUGAUUUAAUGAACUAUGAGCAUUUUUAUAUUUUUGUGUACACGCACACACACACAUACACAUUAAUACAUUCAAUUUAGAUAAACGCACAAACUGACCUAUCGAUCUAAAAAAAAGACGGGAACCGCACACCAUUGAAUUGAUUGACUUGGUGCAUUUCUGAUGUUUUCUCAAAUUUCCAGUGUGCCAAAUGUUCAUCAAUUCAUUAUGUUUACAUUGUAAAAUAGUAAUCAUUCUAAUAACAACCAUAAUAUUAAUAAUAAUUCCCAAUUACUUUUGUCUUAUGGGAAGUCCUCCAACAAAUUUACCAGAAUGUUUAAAUGCUGGAACAAGAACCACUGUGAAUGAACGUUACAGUUGUUCGUGUAUAGAUCCUUAUAUGAAUAGACAAUGUAAACUACUCUCGAUUAACGUUGCCAAUAACCCGAUCGAAAUGCCUUUUACCAGUUUUUAUAUGAAUACAACAGUCAAACAAACUGUACAUAUUGGUUUUCAAUUUAUUACUUCAGACAACAAUGGAAAUGGUACAUUGUUUACUCUAAGAAAUAUGAAUUCUACGUAUUUUUUAAAUGAUCAACUAAUUCAAAUUAAAGUUUUCCUUGAAUUUGGACGAAUUAGUGUAAAUUUUGUUUAUUUAUCACUUUCGAAAAUUCUUCGUUUACCUUCUGGCGCUGUUGCAUUAAAUGACAAUGCUUGGCAUUAUGUAGAUAUUUUUCUGAAUACUCAGGUUAACAAUCAAUGGAAUCUAGUUUUGAUGAUAGAUCGGUGUAAAUACUCUGAUUUAGCACCGUGUAUAGUGAACGAUACAAUGACACUGUCAGUGAAUACCAUACAAAUAGGAGGAUAUAUCCUUAUAGGUGACGAAUCUGUUUCAUCUACAGAAAGAUUUAGAGGAUGUCUUGACAGUAUUAUGGUGAAUAGAGAGUUUAUCGAUUUUUACCCAGUACUUUUAUCACAAGUUUCUCGGCGUGGUUGUCCAGACUCUCAGAAAGGUUGUGUAAGAGGGAAUGUGAAGUUAUGUGGAACGCAUGGAAAAUGUCGAAAUGCAAUAAGUUCUACUGAUAUACUAACUUGUCAAUGUGAACUAGGCUACCGACCUAAUAUAACUGGUUCACUGAAACCACAUAGAUGGCCAUGUGAAACUGCUUCUGACGGUUGGUCUACAACCAAUAUAGUUUACAAUGCGUUAUUCACUGAUAAAGUUCCCAAUCGUUUAAGACUGAGCAUAAGAACAAGAGCUCAGACAUUUGUUGCUUUUGCAGUUGGCGCAUGGAAACUUUCUAUAAGUGUUACAAACGGAACACCAGAACUACGCUUUGACAAUAUUGUAAUUACUUUGAGUUCAGUAAACAUAUCUGAUGGAAAUUGGCAUGUUUUCGAAGUUACAUUCACAUCAAGAUUUUUAGAUUUUCAGAUCGAUGAACUAGACAAAACAUAUUAUGACUCAAGAUACUUUUCAGAGAAAUUGAUCUCAAGAGGUUCAGUUGAUGUAAUAAUUGCAAACGGAGCUAGAGACACAUGUUUAGAUGAUGCUUGGAUUGAUUUUCGUAAUAUCUGGCCUGAUUUUGAACAAGAUUAUCCUUUAGAAAUCAUUACGAGUCCUUCUUUUCAACGGUAUACAAAUUGGGGUACAGCUGGUCGACAGUCAGGUUGUUCAAGUGGUCCUGGAUUUUGUAAUAUUUCAAAAUCUCUUUGUGAUGAGACCGCUGCUUGUAUAGAGGAGUGGAGAGGUUAUCGUUGCGAAUGCUUGAAUAAUACAGUUAAGAAUGACAAAGGUAAAUGUGUUCCAUCACAAUGUUAUCCGAACCCAUGUGUCAACGGUGAAUGUCGUAUCAAUAAUGUUACUAAUAAUUUCACUUGCAUUUGUUAUGGAAUGUGGACUGGACCGUUAUGUAACCAAGUUUCAAGUGUAGAUGUAGCGAGUCUAAGUUGGUGGUGGAUUCUGCUUGUUGUUUUAUUAAUACUGGCUUUAUUGUUAGGGGUACUUCUGCUAUUUAUCUGUUGUCGUAAACGUCGUAAUAGAAAGAAAUCUAACUUGAUUGAUUUUAACAAUGAACUAAGUGAUCAGAAGUUGGGUAUAGAUACCCAGAUGAAUGAUCCAUGGAGUACAGGUGAGAAAGAUUUUCAAGGACCAAUUGAUUAUUCAGUAUUGAAAGGAAAUCUUAAUUCCAGUCAAUAUCAACUUACAACUAAUGGAUCGUAUCCUAGUAAUGGGUAUUUACCAACUAGUAGGAAAUCCGAUACAAAUGGAAGUUUAGAUGCACAAACAUUUCCUAGUGUCACUGCUAGAGCCUAUGGACAAAAAACGACAGACAUACCACCAUGGGAAUCAUUUGAUCGUCAGCAAAAUCCUGCCAUAAGAUUAGAUCAAGUAUUAGAAUACGGAUAUGAAGGCUAUGAUGGUAGACCUCCACCUGAGUUUUGCCCAGCUGAACCUAUUUUAUCAACAUCCUAUGAAGAUUAUGUUGGUGACACAGGAGAAGUUAAUACAGAAAGUGUUCAACCACCAGUUAAACAACCAACAUCAAAUGGAAAACUAACCAGUUUACAAAAAUGAAAAUUCGAAAAUGUAUAUUGACAAAUUUUAUUUAAACAAUAAUCGCGAAUUUCUUUUGUUAUAUUUGCAUGUUAAAUUAAAACUAAAUAAUAGCAAACAUGGUUUGAAAUAAUAAUCAAAUUAACGAAUCCUGACGACAAUUCGAACGGUGAUUCACUGAUGAAAUUAUUCAUUAUUUGUAAUAAUGUGCUAUUGUGUUAUAUUUUAAAAGAAAAUUUCAUUUUGUAGAAAAAAAUCUAAUUUUAAAAGCAAACAUUUCUCCGCAUAAAAUGAUCUCCUGUGAAUAAUAUGCUUUCUUUUCCAAAAA